CGAUAUUCAGACCCACUAUCAGCUGAUUGCUGAUUUUGAUUUUUUAGCUGCGUAAAAUGAAAAUGAAAAUGGUAGUAGAAGAAAACUUUGAUUCUGAACAACAACAAAUUUUUAUGGCAUGUUAGCCUGUCAGAUUCUGAGAGAAAUAGACCUGAGAAAUGGCAACUAAUUAUCAGAAAUUGGGAGAGAAUUCAAGGCAAGGAUUUUCCCAGCGUUUGAAUUCAACUGAAGAGAAGAAAUUCCCCACAUCUCGCAAACUACCUGAUUGGGUAUGGAAAGCUCUGGUAAAGAUUCUUGGAAUCAAACUUAAAGGGCAGACGCGCGUGUCUUGUCUCUCCGUGUUCCUACAGGCUAUUACUUUACUUCUAGCCUGCGUCUUCUCUGUCACGGGAAUGAUUCACACUGUGUAUGAUGUAAAAAGCAGCUCCUCUCAAACAACUCUCACUAUCGGCUGUUCCAAUAUUGUGAUCGGUUUCGGAUGGGUAUGUUUAGGCAUAUACUCACAAAAACUGGCAGGAAGGCUGUUCUCAAACCGAAAUUUCUCCGAAAGUGUUCGCAUUCAUUCUCGUACUUUUUUCAAGAUUAGUGCUGUUGGGCUUGUGACAUUCCUUAGUGUGACAAUGAUAGCCCUCAACUGUUACAGCGAUUUCAGUGUGUUCGGCCCAAACAACUGUGACACCAUCUUCCUGCAUAACUCGAUCUGCCAUAUCAUGUAUUCCUCCCAUGUUGCCUUUAGCAUAAUGUCUUUGAUCUGGAAUUUGUUGGUGUGCUGUAUUCUGUUAUCUGUGUGUAGAACUCAUACAAUGGGACUUAGAAAAUUUGGAAUGCUGCUAGAGGAGGAUGCCAGGAAUUAUGUUCAGAGAUUUCAGACACAGGAACCACAAGUGCAUUUGUCCCUUCUGAACCAAGUCGUGUCAGAGGAGGGAGCAGACUUCUUUAUUUGGGAUGACAACAUUGCCAUAAAACCGGACUUGCCAGACACCCAGACAGAGGGAGGGGUGGAAAAAUCUGUGGAUAGUGAGGGUCAGGAUAAUUCAGUCAGUAUAGUGGACAUCACAGAGUCCAUCAACUACAUAGAGACCAACAAGGAUGCCUUUGAGGAAAGUGAUGACAUCCCCUCCAAGUACUCCCUGAAGUCUGUUCUGACCACUGACCAGAUUCUCCAUUACUAUUGGAGAUUAUCUAAACGCAUGCAGUUGACAUCUACCUGCCUGCAGAGAUGGAUGGCCAGCUGGAUUGCAUUUAUCAUUAUCUGGUGUGGGGACUACAUUUUGUACUGGAUCAGUCAUCACUCCAAAGUCUUGGGCAUCUUGGAGUUCCUCAUUCCUCUUGCUCUUCUCUUUAUUGCUACAUCAGCUUUUGCAGAAGCCAACUUUGAAGGAGAGAGAAUGAUUCAGUGCAUAUAUCCUACAGAGGACAGAUUGAGAGUUCAGGCAUUCCUUCGCCAGCAGCCACUCCAAAUGAAGGUAUUCAACAUCAGCGUUUCCUACAAUGCGAUACUUGGAGUCAUCCUUGCCUUUGCCGCGGCCAUUGCCUCACGAAUCAUUCUGGACGAGCUUAGCAUGUAAGAGGUCCAUGCAGUUGACUUUGAAGUACAUGUACUAUAUUGUUGUAAAUACUCAUCAUAUAUAUAUCUAUAUAUACUCAUUUUAGAGCUAUAAAUGAGAUUAGGAUAUACCUGCAAUGGCUAUUUUAAGUCAACCCCAUAGGCCACGUAUUUCUGUUAUAAUUGCCUAAUAAAAUUGUCAUGGGUUUUUGUACAAUUCUAUAUAUUUUGUAUAUUUUAAUAAAUUAAAAAGAUAUUUAUAUCACAUUUAUUAUAUGAGAUGAACUAUGUGUAAUUAUAAAUUGUAUCAUAUACAUGUAAACAAGCUUGUGCAAAAUGUUUUCUUUGAUUUUGUUAAAAUAAAUGCUUUACACAUGUUAAUUCAAGUUUGUUU